UCCCAGGAAGCAAAUUAAAUUCAUAAUGAAAGACACACAAUACAAUUAGUUAACAAAAGUCUCCCCUGUUAGGUUGCUUUCACUAGUUAAUUAAUUUGAACACAUUUUACUACAAAAUGAAGACCUAAAACCCACAAAAGUUCAUUCAUAUAUUCACAUGGCACGAACCACAAACUAAAUUUAAGUUUUAUACACUUAACGGCACCUAAUGACGUUUUGAUGGUGACCAUCAAAAUCGAAUCAGUUGGAAGUCGAUUAAUUAGCGACCAUAGUCCACAGUAGCCUGGCACAAAACACACACAUGGACAUGAUGGACACUGAUGGCGGAGGUGGUACAUAGCACGAGCACGUGGUCCCAAUUGGGAGAGAGAUCUUACCAGGCCCAAUAUUCCUCUCCGUCACUGUCGUCCCAUUGAAUGGGUGUGACCAACAGUCAUGCCAUCUCGCUCUGACCUAUACAUCCCUCUCUCUACCUUAACAACAAGAGAGAAGGAGAGAGAGAAUGCGAAUUGGUGGUGGAAAAUGGCGUGAAACGAAGAGGAAACACAGCCAUGGCUUCCACAAAAGGCCCACAGUGUCCGUCCGUCCGCACAGUGGGCCGGCCUUUGGUGCCUCUUAAACCAGUAAAUCGGGUUUCGUCUGGCAAUGGAAUGGCGUUAAACAGACAGAGAGACAGAGAGAGAAAGAGAGAGAGAGAGUGAGAGAGAGAGCGCGAGUGAGGGAGAGAAGAAUGUAAAACGGAGACGGAAAACAGGUUCGCUUGCGCGUAGAGCUCGCGUGCUCGAACAUAACAAAAGCGAGGCUCGAAUGGAACGCAUCGCACGCGCGAGCCAGAGUCAGUUUUUCCGUUGAAAUCUCUCUAAUUUUCCCCGUUUUAACCAUACGCCGGUGACGCGAAAAGCUUCGCGUUGUGUUCCAAAAAGCUCCCCUUUAAAAAAAUAACCCAUAAGAAUGCAAAUAUCAUAAGAAAGCAUUGUAGAAAAAAGUGUGUGAGAAAUACUCCAAAAAAAAAAGAGAAAGAAUAUGUGCGAGCCGAGUGAAAGUGUCGGAAACUGAAAAGUUUUGAUCAGAAAAGCAAGAAAACCUCCAACAGAAAUCGGAAAUAAUAGAAUAUACAGUGGUGCUUCGGUAGAAGACCAAGUGGUGCUCCAAAAACGAAAGAAGACCAGGUGGUGCGCUCCCAGGCUGAUCCGUCAGCAUGAGCUCAUUCCUCAUGGGUUAUCCGCAUGCCCCCCAUCACGUCCAGAGUCCCAUGUCCAUGGGCAAUGGUCUGGAUCCGAAAUUUCCACCCGUGGCCGACGACUAUCAUCACUAUAACGGACACUAUUCGAUGACCGCCUCCACGGGGCACAUGAGCAGUGCCGUCGGCGUUGGCGGUGGCGUAGGCGGUGGUUCACUUGGUGUCGGUGGUUCGGUUGGCGGGGUGACAGGCGGUGCAGCGGGCAUGUCUGGUCACCCGCAUGCCAUGCAUCCGGCGGAUAUGGUCAGCGACUAUAUGGCCCAUCACCACAAUCCCCACACGCACUCGCACACCCACCCGCACUCGCACCACCACAGCAAUGGCGCGUUGUCCGGCGUCCAUCAGCCAUCCGCCGGUGGCUACACCACCAACUAUGCCGCCGCCACACCGCCCGCCAGCCACCAUCCGCAUUCGCAUACGCACCCGCACGCGCAUCCACACCAGAGCCUCGGAUACUACGUCCAUCAUGCACCCGAGUUCAUCUCAGCCGGAGCCGUACACUCCGAUCCAGCGCCGCUUUCGAAUGCCGGCUACGGGCCGUCGGUGAAUGUCCCCAACAGUGGGAGCGGCCCCGGAGGAGCUGCCAUCGCCAACUCAAAUGGAUACUACGGGGGUUACGGCGGGGGCUAUGGCACUGCGAAUGGCAGUGUGGGCAGCACUCACUCUCAGGGACACUCGCCGCACUCCCAGAUGAUGGAUCUGCCGCUGCAAUGCUCCUCCACAGAGCCUCCCACAAAUACGGCACUGGGUCUCCAGGAAUUAGGUUUAAAACUAGAGAAACGCAUCGAAGAAGCUGUACCUGCCGGACAACAAUUGCAAGAGCUGGGCAUGAGAUUGCGCUGUGAUGAUAUGGGUUCCGAAGUGGAUGAUAUGUCGGAAGAGGAUCGUCUCAUGUUGGAUCGAUCACCUGAUGAACUUCUUUCCAAUGACAAUGACGACGAUCUGGGGGACUCCGACAGCGAAGACGAUCUGAUGGCGGAGACAACCGACGGCGAACGGAUCAUCUAUCCCUGGAUGAAGAAGAUCCAUGUGGCGGGUGUGGCGAACGGCUCGUAUCAGCCGGGAAUGGAACCGAAACGCCAACGCACCGCCUACACACGCCACCAGAUCCUGGAACUGGAGAAGGAGUUCCACUACAAUCGCUACCUGACGCGACGGCGACGCAUCGAGAUCGCCCAUACGCUGGUGCUGUCGGAGCGUCAGAUCAAGAUCUGGUUCCAGAAUCGUCGCAUGAAGUGGAAGAAGGACAACAAGCUGCCAAACACCAAGAAUGUGCGCAAGAAGACGGUCGACGCCAAUGGCAAUCCAACACCGGUAGCCAAAAAGCCCUCCAAGAGGACCAGUGCCAAGAAGCAGGCGCAACAGCAGCAGGCGCAGCAGCAGCAGCCACAGAACUUGCCACAGUCGCAGCAGAACCAACAGCAGCAGCAGCAGCAGACUCCAGUGAUGAAUGAGUGCAUCCGUUCAGAUAGUUUGGAGAGCAUUGGCGAUGUGAGCUCCUCGCUGGGUAAUCCCCCCUACAUACCAGCAGCACCAGAACCAGGGAAUGGCUAUGUUGGAUCUCAGCAGCAGCAGCAGCAUCACAGCAAUAAUAAUAAUAAUACCAACAGCAAUAACAAUAAUAAUAACAAUAGUAACCUCAACAAUAACAAUACAAAUAACAAUCAAAUGGGACAUGCGAGUCUGCAUGGGAACCAUCUUCAGCAGCAGCAGCAGCAGCAGCAACAGCAGCAGCAACAAUCCGAUCUCAUGACCAAUCUGCAGUUACACAUCAAACAGGACUACGAUCUGACGGCACUGUAGGCAACAGGACUAGGACCAUGAUCUAUGAGAGAGCACUGUAGCAAUAUGUAAAUUUCCAAAACCAAAAUCCCAUCCCCACCAACCCUCCCCCACUUCCUUUGUAAGAUCUUUUUGUGUGUUUUGUUUUAUUUUCUUUUCUAAAAACGAAAACCUUGUGAACUCUGGACAAGGCCAAGGACAAAUCGGAAUAUACAGUGAACAAAAAAUAGUUAGUUAGACUAAAGUUAAGCAUCGACCAUUAGGUAAUCGAACCCUCUCACUUAACCUCCCUUCUACCUACCUACCCUACCCCCCAAACAAAAUGUUGUAUAUGUACUUAAGGCCUCCCUCCUCCCCCAAGAAUCAGGUAUAAGAGAGAGUUUUUUGUAUAAAGCCUAGAAAGAUUUGUCAUAGUCAUUAAGUCUAUAUAUUUAGUAUAUAGGAUUGCAUAUGUGUAUAAUUAUGAUUAUGAUUAUUAAUUAUUAAUUAAAUGUAGUGUGGCAUUUGUUGUGCGUCGUCUAGAUGUAUGUAAGUUCGUACGUAUAUU